AGGAAGUUCCACGUCAGUUCCACGGCUCAUUCGCCAACAUUCAGACCCCGACAAAACUGUUCACUGAGCAUUCAUUGCAUCUUCUUGUGACAAAACGGGGAUAAAAACAUGCCUUUGAGGCUGGACAUUAAACGGAGGCUAACAGCCAGGUCGGACCGGGUAAAGAGUGUGGACCUUCACCCAACCGAGCCAUGGAUGUUGGCCAGUCUCUACAACGGCAGCGUCUGCGUGUGGAACCACGAAACGCAGACUCUGGUCAAGACUUUUGAGGUGUGUGACCUGCCUGUCAGAGCUUCCAAAUUUGUGGCAAGGAAGAACUGGGUCAUCACAGGAGCAGAUGACAUGCAGAUCCGCGUGUUCAACUACAACACCUUGGAGCGGGUCCACAUGUUUGAGGCCCACUCUGACUACAUCCGUUGCAUUGCUGUUCAUCCAACACAGCCAUACAUCCUGACCAGCAGUGAUGACAUGCUGAUCAAGCUGUGGGACUGGGAGAAGAAGUGGUCUUGUAGUCAGGUGUUUGAGGGUCAUACUCAUUACGUUAUGCAGAUUGUCAUCAACCCGAAGGACAACAAUCAGUUUGCCAGCGCCUCUCUGGACAGAACAAUUAAGGUCUGGCAGCUGGGGUCUUCAUCUCCCAAUUUCACUUUGGAGGGUCAUGAGAAAGGAGUAAACUGUAUUGACUAUUACAGCGGAGGAGACAAGCCGUACCUGAUAUCAGGAGCUGAUGACCGCCAAGUCAAGAUCUGGGACUACCAGAACAAGACCUGUGUUCAGACUCUGGAGGGUCAUGCUCAGAAUGUCUCUUGUGUCAGCUUCCACCCAGAGCUGCCCAUAAUCAUCACAGGAUCAGAGGAUGGUACUGUGCGAAUUUGGCACUCAAGCACGUACCGGCUGGAAAGCACACUGAACUAUGGGAUGGAACGAGUGUGGUGCGUGUGUGGCCUGAGGGGCUCCAACAACGUGGCGCUGGGAUACGAUGAAGGCAGCAUCAUUAUCAAAGUUGGUCGGGAGGAGCCAGCCAUGUCUAUGGACACCAAUGGCAAAAUCAUCUGGGCUAAACAUAGUGAAAUACAGCAGGCCAACCUGAAGGCCAUGGGUGACACUGAAAUCAAAGAUGGAGAGAGACUUCCUCUGGCUGUUAAAGAUAUGGGCAGUUGUGAAAUUUACCCUCAAACCAUCCAGCAUAACCCUAAUGGAAGGUUUGUCGUGGUGUGUGGAGACGGCGAGUAUAUCAUCUAUACCGCCAUGGCUUUGAGGAACAAGAGCUUCGGCUCAGCUCAAGAGUUUGUCUGGGCACACGACUCCUCUGAAUAUGCCAUCAGAGAAAGCAACAGUGUUGUCAAAAUUUUCAAGAACUUCAAAGAAAAGAAGUCCUUUAAGCCCGACUUUGGAGCAGAAGGGAUCUACGGGGGCUUUUUGCUUGGGGUGAGAUCAGUGAACGGUCUUGCAUUUUAUGACUGGGAGAACACCGAAUUAAUCCGUCGCAUUGAGAUUCAACCCAAGCAUAUCUUUUGGUCAGACUCUGGCGAGUUGGUCUGCAUUGCAACAGAGGAGUCCUUCUUCAUUCUACGUUACAUGGCAGAUAAAGUGGCUGCCUCCCAAGAGAACAAUGAAGGCGUGACAGAGGAUGGGAUUGAAGAUGCCUUUGAGGUCCAGGGAGAGAUCCAGGAGAUCGUGAAGACUGGACUUUGGGUUGGAGACUGCUUCAUCUACACCAGCUCUGUAAACAGACUCAAUUACUAUGUAGGAGGAGAGAUUGUGACUAUUGCACAUCUGGACAGAACCAUGUACCUGCUUGGUUACAUACCCAAAGAUGACCGUCUGUACCUCGGAGACAAGGAGCUCAACAUAGUUAGUUAUUCCCUGCUGGUCUCUGUCCUGGAGUACCAGACUGCUGUAAUGAGAAGGGAUUUCGGAAUGGCAGACAAGGUGCUUCCAACUAUCCCUAAAGAACAGAGGACCAGGGUGGCACAUUUCCUAGAGAAGCAGGGCUUCAAGCAGCAGGCCCUAGCAGUGUCUACAGAUCCUGAACACAGGUUUGAGUUGGCCUUGCAGCUGGGAGAGCUGAAGAUUGCCUACCAGCUGGCUGUGGAAGCAGAGUCGGAGCAGAAAUGGAAGCAGCUAGCAGAGCUGGCUAUCAGUAAGUGCCAGUUUGGCCUGGCCCAGGAGUGCCUGCACCACGCUCAGGAUUAUGGUGGCCUGCUCCUCCUCGCCACGGCUUCUGGAAACGCCACCAUGGUGGGCAAGCUGGCUGAAGGUGCAGAGAGAGACGGCAAAAACAAUGUGGCCUUUAUGACAUACUUCCUUCAGGGAAAACUGGAUCAGUGUUUGGAGCUUCUAAUCAAGACUAACAGACUACCUGAAGCUGCUUUCCUGGCUCGCACGUACCUGCCUAGUCAGGUGUCUCGUGUGGUUAAAUUAUGGAGGGAGAGUUUAGCCAAAGUCAACCAGAAGGCUGCAGAAUCUUUAGCAGACCCCACCGAGUAUGAAAAUCUGUUUCCUGGCCUGAAAGAGGCGUUCGCAGCUGAACAUUACCUGAGAGAGAGCUGCUUGGGCAGCUCCAGACCUGCUACAGAUUAUCCACUUGUUACUCCCAAUGAAGACAGAAAUAUUCUUGAGGAGGCUCAGGGGUAUGAGCCUAAAGGCAUUUUCGUUCCGCUCGUCUCCAAGACAGAAGAAAGUGAAGACUCUCCCUCAGUCCCAGUGUCUCCUCUGAUGCCUCCACAACCUGAACCUGCUGCUCCUAAAACAGAGGAGGAGGAGGAGGAGGAGGAGGAGGAGGAGGAAGAAACAUUCUCAGACACACAGAAAGAUAAGAUUCUGGAUGAGCUGGAGAUUGACCUGGACAACAUGGAGCUCGGUGACAUCGACACCACAGACGUUAACCUCGACGAUGAAUUUCUAGAUGAUUAAAUCUGCCACCAUUCUGCUCUCCAGCUCUCUUUGGAGCAUAUUUAAAUGAAAGAGACCAAUUCCUUUCACUUUAUUUUGUAUUUGUAUUGAAAAAAAAAAGUUUUAUUGUCUUAUUGUAUACUCAUCAAAAGAUUCACUAGAAACAGUUCUGUCGUUUAACUCUCAAAACAGGUCGAAAUACUGUUUGCCUAAUUUUGUACACAGUUUAUCAAAUGAGAAUUGCUGAAUAUGUCCAGCAGUUAUUUCUUUGGUCUCUAUGCUUUGUUUGUAACAGCAAAUCAAAGUUCAUUCAGUCCAAUAAAUUCUGGUUGCUUGCUGUACAUAUUAUUUGACUUUAAGAGGCUCUUUGCUUGACUUCUCAUGUAAUAAAUAAUAAAAAAACACAAA